CGAAGCAUCUUUUCGCUAUUACCAAAACUUCCAAAACAACCGUCAAACCCUAUCUGUACUCUUUCCUCCUCCCCCUUUCUAUUAUUCCCUUCGAAACCCUAAACUUCCCCAUUAAUCUUCGAAUCUUUUAUGGUUUUUCUCAUGAAAUUGAACAGAUUUUUUCAGUUGAGGGCUGAAAGCAACCUAAUUUCCAGCUCACUUUGAUGAUUUCUCAAAAAAAAGAUCCCUAAGUUUUUACCAUCUUCUUUUCAAUCAUCGAAACCAUCAUGGAUGGCUCUGUGGUGGAUUCCGAUCUCGGUGUCCCGCCUGAGUCAUGGGAAGUUGCCGACUUAGACGCCACCAUGCGCCGGCUCAUGCUUUCGUCAGCUAAAAAGGAGUCCAAUAGUUCUGUGAAUAAUAACGGUAAUGGUAACAAUCAAUCUGAGCUCGGUGAUGCGUUGGCGCCGGAUUCAGCUGCGUCUUCGGCGAACUUGGGUGGGGGAGUGUCUGAGGAUUUGAUAAAUUCUGUGGAUCAGUUUCUUCGGGAGGCUUUGCAAAACCCUCGGGAGCGUCUUUCGGUUCUUCGAAUGGAGCAGGAUGUUGAGAAGUUCAUACGCGAUCCUACCAGACAACAGAUGGAGUUCUAUCAGCUCCCUACAUCAUAUUUACGCUUGGCAGCCCAUCGUGUUGCACAACAUUACUCUUUGCAGUCAAUGGUUCUGUUGGACAAUAAUUUACCAGAUGGAUCUGGCUCGAGAAUCAUUGUACGCAAGACUUCUGAAUGUCGGAUACCUUUGAUUCGUUUAGCUGACAUUCCUGUAAAUCUGCCUUCAGAAGAUACUGGGGUCGUUAAGGUUGCAAUCAAACAGAGGCCACAGAAAGGGUCCCAAAUUGCGAGUGGUUCAAAUUCUCAUAUGUCAAAGAGCAAUAGUUUGAAGAGUGUAGAGGAAAGAAAAGAAGAAUAUAACAGGGCUCGAGCACGGAUAUUCAACUUGAAUAGCUUGAGCGCAGGUGCUAGUGGUAGAGGAGAAAGUGAACCUAGGACACAAGAUUUUUCUCAGCAUGUUUUACGUGGAGUAUCGAAGACAGAAGAGAAAUCUGUUCCAGGAGACGGGCAGCCUGAUCUAAAUGUCAGUAGGGGUUUGAUUGAUUCUAUGACUGGAAGUAAUAGAUCAGCUAGAAGUAGGACUGAAAAGGAGCCAGCUGGUAGAUCUAAAACUACUAAUAGGGUGGCCAUCUUUCGGGAUCGUGAAGUUGAUCGCAAGGAUCCUGACUAUGAUAGGAGUUACGAUAGGUACAUGCAAAGGUUUGAUCCUGGGUUUGGAUUUAGUGGAGGAGGAUACACCAUUCAGCCUUUGUACACACCUGCACUAAAUUACAAUACCGAAUUCCCACAACUUGGCUCAGCUCCUAGGCCAUCAAUAUCGAGUGAACACCAACCACGGCCACUUCCCCAACACCUACCUGGACCGUGGACUGCACCAUCAACUCCUGCUAUUACUUAUGGUCCUCCGGAGACAUUGAUUCCUCCCUUCAGCCCAAAUCAUGUUGGUGCGCGUUCUAAUUCAGGUCUAUACUUACACACUGCACAAUAUCCUUGCCAGCAUCCUGGGAUGCCAUUCAUUCAUCCUCACGAACAGGUUCACCAAUCCUUUGCUCAGUCUCAUCAACAGCAACCUGAUGCUUCUUUUGGAUUAGCCCGGCCCCGUUAAGGGGCAUGGGCCAUGCCUGCACCUUGUCAGAAGUAUUUCGAGUGUGGAGCAGUUCAAGGAGGCUGCUGGAGCAGUACCUUUUUAGUGCUUCUGACAAGGAUGCAGGCAUAAGCAACCGAGGCACAAUGGAUUGGACAGGUCAACCCUCGAGUUUCCCCUGUUUGAUCCAUUGCAGGAGUCUCGGUUUUAUGGAGCUUCAUUCAUGAUUAAUGAGGCUCAGUGGUUUGGGUUUGGCAAAUGCGUCAUUUCAAUCUGCUCUUGAGCUCUGCUUUGCCAAUGAUGAUGAUGAAGAAUGAAUAUAGGAAAAGAACUGUCGGAGCUGUCAAAACUUCUGCUUGGUCGGGAGAAGCACCAUUGAACCCUGGAGGUGAUCUAGAAGUGGAAAAAGGAGGGCUGACUGAGUACCUCGCCACUUGCGGUGGCCUUUGGAAGCUGUAGGUGCUGGCCAACUGGAUUUGUUCAAAGCUCUGGUCACUUAAAAGUUUUUUCCUGUAAAAUGUUCACAUGAAACAUUGGUGGCAUGUGUUGUACAGAUAUUUCCUUUUGUAACCAUGAUUUACUAAUUUUUAUGAUUAUUCUAACCUAUACUUGCAUGUUUAUUAUGUCUCGAAAUACCAUGUGGGCUAUUAUUGUUCUUA